AAGAUUCAUUAUUUGCUAAACUGAAGUAAACAAGAACAAUUAUGAUUCAGCAUCUUUCAAAUUGUAAGCAAGAUUACAACAGAAGAAAUAUGUAUACACCUGAAAUCAUCCUUACUAUACAAAAGUUCCUGUGUUAUAGAACAUAUCAAUUGAUUCUUGCUUACCACUUUUCUUAAGGUACUGUAGAAAUUCUGCGUCUUGACCUAAACCGAUUCUGCCUUUGCAGAUUACAAAAUAUGACUUCUACAGAUCUCUUUGGAUUCACCAACAAUUUAAGCACUUUGGUACUGAAGUCCUAAGCGAUCUACCCAAGAGAGGCCCAUACCAUGGAAAUUUUCACAGCAUCCACAUCUCAAGUACUUUGUAACAGCACAUAUUUUGAACGAAAUGGAUCUUAUCUGUUCAAUGAAAACAAAACUGUCAGCCUCUCGGAUAAAUCAGAACACCAGCAAUACAUUAUAGGUCUUUUCUUAUCAUGCCUUUACACAAUAUUCCUUUUUCCUAUUGGCUUCGUAGGAAACAUUCUUAUUUUAGUGGUGAACAUAAGUUUUCGUGAAAAGAUUACUAUUCCAGACUUGUAUUUCAUAAACCUUGCAGUAGCAGAUCUCAUUUUGGUGGCUGACUCUCUCAUCGAAGUUUUUAAUCUCGAUGAAAAGUAUUACGAUAUCACAAUAAUUUGUACUUUUAUGUCAUUGUUCCUUCAAAUCAACAUGUACAGCAGCAUAUUCUUCCUAACAUGGAUGAGUUUUGACAGAUACAUAGCACUAGCAAAAGUAAUGAAGUCCAACUUUUUUCGCACCAUGGAACAUGCCAGAUUAAGCUGUGGCCUCAUCUGGUUGGCAUCUAUCUCGGCAGCACUAGUGCCCUUCACAGCUGUACAUUUGCAACAUGCUGGGGAGGUUUCCUUUUGCUUUGCGGAUGUAGAAGAAAUUCAGUGGCUAGAAAUAACCUUAGGGUUUAUCAUCCCUUUUGCUAUUAUAGGCCUUUGUUAUUCGUUAAUUGUAAGAGUCUUGAUAAGAGCCCACAAGCACAGAAGUUUGCGGAUACGCAGACAGAAAGCUCUUCGCAUGAUUUUUGUUGUUGUCCUUGUCUUCUUCAUCUGCUGGCUUCCUGAAAAUGUCUUCAUAAGUGUGCAACUUCUUCAAAAGACAGAGCAAACCUCAUCAAGGGGCCAAUCUUUCAGACAUAACUAUCCCUUAACCGGACACAUUGUGAACCUUGCUGCCUUCUCAAACAGCUGUUUGAAUCCUCUUAUCUACAGCUUCCUAGGUGAAACUUUCAGAGAGAAACUGAAAUUGUAUAUUGAACAGAAAACCAAAGUCUCUGUUUUAAACCGAUUUUCAUGCUACCUGAAAUCUGUUAUUCCUGAUAGCAACGAGCAAUCAGAAGUUUAAUUUAGCCUGUAUUUAAAGGUACCAUAACGGAACUUGAUCACAAUGCUAAUAGAAAAAUCAUAUACUUUGUCCUAUGCACAAAGAUUUGUACUAUUUUUAUGAUAUGUAACAGAUUACACAUUACUCAAAUCUGCAUUUCAUUAAGGUUAGAAACUAAUAAAAGACUC